CGAGCUUGAAUGGACGACAGCAACGAAAGAUGACCUUGCCUGCUGGUUCUUUUAGGAUUGUAAGUUCUCAGCUCUAAAAAAAGUUGUAAUCCCACUGAUCAACGAUCCUUCUCUCAGCCUCCUAGAGGAAGAUCACCAUCAUCCCGUCCACCCUUCACACUCCGAAACGCGUUCUUUCCAAACAGUUCAACAGGCAUUGAUCCAGACUCCAUCUCCGACAACGGCUCAGGCGACGACGACGACCAGGAGGACGAUUAAGGGAUGUCGCAACAACAUUCCCCAUCACCCGCCUCAUCCGUCUCUUUCAUCUCGCAGCCAGCUCCGUUCAAGGGAUGGUCACAUUUGUGGGGGGGCAUUGCACCGCGAUCACCUAUGCUAAGAGACGCAAAGCUGGAGGCUGAAGCAGAGAGGGAACACGACCGUAUUCGUAGAGAUGCAGAACGCGGGAGGCUGAGCAGAGGAGACUCGUUGAAGACCGCGUGCUGGGUAUAAUGGACAACACAAAUUCGCUCCUUCCACCUCCAUCCAGAUCUCCGACUAUGCUCAAUUCACCCUCCCCUUCGAAUUCGCAGAAAGAGUCGGAUGGUGCUGCUAGUUGGUGGUUUGCUGGGAAGAGUAGGUUUACGCCGACGAAAGACCCUCCGACGCCUGCUCAGCAUGUUAUAUUGGACGCAAAGGCGAGGGAUGAGGAUAACAAGAAGAACGCCAAAGGCAA